GCGCUGCGCACCUCGCGCGGCACCUGCUUCCUUUUCCCGCUGCGGAACUACCUGUAAGACGCGUCUCGUGGGGAGGAUUUUAAACUGCUUUAGAAUUCAAAUAAAAACGUGUUUUUUUUAUUUUUUAAAUAAAGAAUCCCGCGGCCUCGUCGUCGGUUAUUACAGCAUUGGCCACACGUGAGCUCGGACCGAGGGGAGAGAGGGAACUGAGUGGAACUGAUUUCUGUGAAGUGAAUGAAGUAUUAAUGCCGCAUCCAGACAGCAGUAUCUUACAAAAUCGGCAACAGGCGAACCUCAGGUUUAUAGAGAGGGAGCUGAGGAAGGACACCUGAAUUAUUCCACAAACCCCUCGUAGCAGUGCUGCUGAAAAGGGGUUUUUGAGCAAAGUGAGCUCAACUUUGUCCCUUUUUUUUACACUACGAAAUCUUCCCCACAGGGUCACGCAGGCAGUCCGUCUCUGCUACCGCCCACCCUUUUCAUUGACACACCACGCAAGUCCGCUUAAUGACUUGAACAACUGCUGUGCGUGAAGAGCGCUCCUCUCUGAACGGCUUGAACCUUUAGCCGAGCACUACAGGAGUGUUUUCUGCCGCCGCUGAGAGGAGACCUGGUACUUCACACAUCGUUUUAACUCCAGUUUGCCGGUGUGAUCGGAAGCAGAAGCGGUCACCUCAGAAUUAGGAGUUAUUGGCGGUGCUGUUGGCUGUAGUCUUAUAAUAAGACGGCAAAAAUAAUAUAGUUGACUUUGAAUCACAGUAAUGGAUAAAGCAGGGAGAAAUCAUCCUGGAUGAUCCUGUUUGAGGAGCGAAUUGGCUCUGUCCUGUAAGCCGGUGUUGAGCACUGGUGAAGUCUGAGGUCGUCAUCCUGCGCCUCGUCUUGGCCCACCCUGUGACCUGGGCAUAUGGGGUACUGCAGCUGGGGUAGCCUGCUGUGACGUGGCAUUGCGAGGAUGAAACUGGUCUAAAUAAGCCUUAUUUACAAACCGGGGAGGGGAUCAGUCAGAACCCGCAACUGGAAGACGGGACCAAAGAGCAGGAGAGCCAGGCGAAGUGGCAUGGUGACCCACGUGUUUGUUUGUUUUUUGUGUGUGUGUGUGUGACCCGCUUCAGUUCCAGGUUCCCAGGGGCCCCUGGAUGCUGGUGUCCGUGGCGACGUGCCGGAAGCAUGGCGGACGACGGCCCCCAGGCGGCGAGCUCCAAGAGGGGCGGGCUCCCGGCGCCGGAGGGCGACACCGAGCCCAACAUGCUGCUGCAGAAACUGAAGAGCAGCAUCUCCAAGAAUAUCCAGACUAAAGUGGAUUCGAUCCUGCAAGACGUGCAGAGGUUCUCCGACAACGACAAGCUGUACCUGUACCUGCAGCUGCCCUCUGGCCCCAACGCGGGAGAGAAGAGCAGCAGUGACUCCAGCUCCUUCAGCACAGCGGACCAGCUGCACACCUGUAACUGGAUCCGGAGUCACCUGGAGGAGCACGCCGACACCUGCCUGCCCAAGCAGGAUGUGUACGAGACCUACAGGAAACACUGUGAAAACCUCCAGUACCGAGCCCUGAGCGCCGCAAACUUCGGGAAGAUCAUCCGGGACAUUUUCCCCAACAUUAAAGCCAGGAGGCUAGGUGGAAGAGGGCAGUCAAAGUAUUGCUAUAGCGGGAUUCGCCGGAAGACAGUUCUGAACAUGCCCCUGCUACCUAAUCUGGACCUGAAGAACGACCCGUCGGAGCUGACAGAGCUGGUGCAGACCUACAACCAGGAGGUGACGGAGGCCGCCUGCGAGCUGAUCUGCGACUGGGCCGAGAAGAUCCUGAAGCGGUCCUUUGACACGGUGGUGGAGAUUGCCCGCUUCCUGGUACAGGAGCACAUUGUCAACCCGCGCUGCAGCCAGGCCGAGCUCAUCACCUCCGCCGCACUGGCCGGAGGUCCAGCGAAGCCUUUCAAGGCGAUGAAGGGUCAGCUGCCCUCCAGAAGCAGUGGGACAGAGGGAGAGGGGAGCGGCCCAGAGGCAAAGGACAGGGAUGGCGGAGAGCGGGCAGUGCCAGGCAAGCAGCCCUCUGGCGACAAGGCCGGGAAGGGCUCUGAGGGCAGCAAGGCGGCGGGACGCGACUCGCAGGUGGAGGCGGUGAUGAAGAGGUUCCCCCAGCUGCUGCCGCGCGCCCCGGCCCUGGAGAAGACCCACCUGACGGUCCGCUCCUCGCCCCCCGCCCUGGCGCCGAAGGAGCCGGGGGGCGUGAAUUUGACCCUUCCCAUCGCCAUGGCCACCCUGCCCCCGCAGCAGGCGGCCCCCCUGCCCGUCUUCAACAUGUUCCUGCCCCCGGCCGCCGUCCGCCUCCCGUACCCGGAGAAAGAGAAGCCCGCGGGCGCCCCUGCCGCCCCGGCGCCGGGGGCGGAGGCCGGGCAGCCCCCCCCGGCCCAGCCCCCCACCGGAGGGGUCAUCCAGAAGGCCCUGCCCGCCGCCCAGCCCCCCCCGCCGGUCACCGACAUCCUGGAGAUCGUGAUACAGGACCAGGAAGGGGGCGUGCUGACCACCCUGCCCCCCGGCCUGGAGGUGCAGGGGCAGCCCCUCCACCACGGCGUGGAGCUCGCCGCCGAGACGGCCCAGGAGCCCGGCGGCCACCUCCUCCAGGUCUACCCGCCUGGCGCCGGCGCCCACCCUCUCCAGGAGGGCCCCCAGGCGCCCCUGGGGCUCCACGGAGCUGGCGAGCCCCUGAGAGGAGUCCAGCUCGGCCAGGGCUGGGAGGACAGCCGGGCCAAAGUGGAGGUGAUCCGGAGAGCCCCGCUGGCGAGGGAAGAGGGGGCCGGGCCCGGGGUCCAGGGGCAAGUCCUGGCGUCCCUGCUGGAGGAGAAGCAGAAGCAGGAGAUCGGCCUGGUCGAGGCGGCACAGACGGCGGCCGCCGGCAUCGGCUGCUCCUUUCCUGUCCCCGCCUCCGCGACCCAGCAGGAGCUGCCCCGUCUGCCCACACCCCCGUCUCUCCUCUCUAACCAGGCACCCUCAGAGGGCUAACAGGGCAGCUGUCCGCCCCCCGGUUAACGUCCAGGACAGGUUGGGUCUCAGGCUGGCCCCCCCUCUCUCCCUCAAGCAUCCUGGGCAGUGGGAUGAGCUCUUCCCUUCCUCUUCCUGCCGUGUGGGAGUCGCCUCUCUGGCCAAAGGGAUCUGAAGUGAAGUACGAGGGAGGGUACGGAAUUCUUUAUUUUGUCUUCUUUCCUCCUGUACACAAAAUGGGGUGCGCUCCUAUCCAGCACCCCAACAAAUGUUCAGCACAUACAGGACAGGAGUUAUUGUUGGUGCGAUAUAAAAUAGCACAAGGAUUCACUGCC